AUGGGUUAUGUGAAUCGGGACAACAUCUACAAUGAUAGAGGUUUUGAAGAUGAUGAGUUUGGCUACCAAAAUGCCAACUUUGUGGGGAACAAUAACUAUGGGUACGGGAAUGUGCGAAAUGACGGUUACGAAAACUACCGUCAACCACGAAACAAUAAUCAAAGGAACCGGAAUGAUGGGUUUUACAACAACAAUAACAACAAUAAUAUUAACCCUAAUCGGAUUCCUCGUUUCGUGGGAGGAGGUAAUCAAAGAGGUAAUCAAGGUGGAAACCGAAGAGGUGAUAGGGGGGUGAUAGAAGAGAUAAUCGAAGGCCGGUGGAUCAAGAAGUUAACGGUCCAUACCGUCGUCUACAACCCCCAUGGGGAGUAA